CAGAACAACUCGCUGGAAGCGGUAGAAAUUAGGAUAGAACCUGAGCCCAAAGGGAGAGAGAGACACAGCCGAAAACCCCCGGAAAAUCCCGAACCCUAGAAAUGGACAAAGAUAAACCCGCAACCAAACGGUCUCGAGACCGAGACGACAAGCACCACCGUAGCCACCACCGCGACUCCCACCGGCGAUCGGAUCAUAAGUCCUCCUCAUCGCGCCGUGAUGAACGCGAGAGAUCGUUUGAGAGGGAGGGUUCGAGAGAUAGGGCGGCGGAGAAGUAUCGUGAGGGAUCCUAUGAGGAAGUUGAAGCGAAGAAGAAGAGAAAAGAGAGGGAAGAGAGUGAGGAGGGAGGAGAGAAGAGAGCUAAAGUUGGAGAAGGAAACCGAGAGGAAAAAAGAGAGAGGAGAAGAUUUGGGGAUAAAGUAAAAGAAGAAGAGGAAAUUGAAUUCUCCAAUGCUGCUAAUGGAGGUGAACCAGUUCAAAAUGGUGCUGCUCAGGCAUCAUUACCAAGGACUGGUCACCCCCUUUCUACCAAGGUACCUUCCAUUUCUACUGCUGAAAAUAAAGCAUAUAGUAUUACCGGAUCUCAUGAGGUUACUGGAUCUAGUACAGAUGGCUCCUCUGCUGCUGGGAAAAGUGGUGGAAAUCUCUCUCUUGAUGCCUUAGCCAAAGCUAAAAAGGCUUUACAAAUGCAGAAAGAACUAGCGGAGAAACUGAAGAAAAUACCUUCAUUGAACAGAGGCCCUAGCUCCAGUUCAGGAGUGACUACUGGAACAGUUCAGGGACCAGCCUCAUCAGUUACUUAUGCUAUUGCUAGUGGACCGUCAAGCUCAGCAGUCCUUCCUCCUACCUCUGUGGCAGCAGCUUCCGUGAAGCAACCUGCUGGUGGGAUGGCUUCUGUUCCUGGCCUUGCAUCAAUACCCAAUUUAGAAGCUGUUAAACGUGCUCAAGAGCUGGCUGCUAAGAUGGGAUUUCGCCAGGACCCUCAGUUUGCCCCUCUAAUAAACUUGUUCCCUGGACAGGUGCAAACGGAUGUUCCGGUUCCUCAGAAACCUACCAAGGCCCCUGUUCUCCGAGUUGAUGCACUUGGUAGGGAAAUUGAUGAACAUGGUAAUAUCAUAAAUGUGACUAAACCCAGUAAUCUUAGCACGCUUAAGGUUAACAUUAACAAGCAAAAGAAAGAUGCAUUCCAGAUCCUUAAACCUGAGCUGGAGGUGGAUCCAGAAUCAAAUCCACAUUUUGAUUCGAGGAUGGGAAUCAAUAAGAAUAAGCUUCUUAGACCAAAAAGGAUGACAUUUCAGUUUGUAGAGGAAGGAAAAUGGUCUAAAGACGCUGAGAUCAUUAAACUAAAGAGUCAAUUUGGAGAAGCAAAGGCAAAAGAGCUAAAGGCAAAGCAAGCACAAUUGGCAAAAGCAAAGGCUGAUAUAAAUCCAAAUUUGAUAGAGGUGUCAGAAAGAAUUAUAACUAAGGAGAAACCGAAAGACCCAAUUCCUGAAAUAGAGUGGUGGGAUCUGCCUAUUCUGGUGUCUGGUUCUUACGGUGACAUUACUGAUGGUGUGGUGAAUGAAGAUAAACUGAAGAUGGAGAAGAUUACCAUUUAUGUUGAACAUCCUCGUCCAAUUGAGCCUCCUGCUGAGCCAGCUCCUCCACCGCCUCAGCCCCUGAAGUUAACCAAGAAGGAGCAGAAGAAACUACGCACACAGCGACGCCUGGCCAGGGAAAAGGAUAGACAGGAGAUGAUUAGACAAGGCCUGAUAGAACCGCCCAAGCCAAAAGUUAAGUUGAGCAAUUUAAUGAAAGUUCUAGGCUCUGAAGCUACCCAAGAUCCUACUAAGCUUGAAAUGGAAAUCCAUAGUGCCGCUGCUGAGCGGGAACAGGCUCAUGUAGACAGGAACAUUGCUCGCAAGCUUACCCCUGCUGAACGACGUGAAAAGAAAGAGAAAAAGCUUUUUGAUGACCCAAAUACAGUGGAGACUAUUGUUUCAGUUUACAAGAUCAAUGACCUCUCACAUCCCAAGACACGCUUUAAAGUUGAUGUUAAUGCCCAAGAAAACCGUUUGACUGGUUGCACUGUGAUUUCUGAGGGUAUUAGUGUUGUAGUUGUGGAAGGUGGAAGCAAAUCCAUUAAGAGGUAUGGAAAACUUAUGCUUAGGCGAAUAAACUGGACUGAAGCUGUGAAAGAGGAAGACAAGGAUGGAGAUGAGGAUGAAGAGAAACCUCCUAACAAGUGUGUGUUAGUUUGGCAAGGCAGCGUUGCCAAACCAAGUUUCAGUAAGUUCUCCGUCCAUGAGUGCAUCACUGAAGCGGCUGCAAAAAAGGUUUUUGCUGAUGCUGGAGUGGCCCAUUACUGGGACCUCGCGGUAAAUUUCUCAGAAAAUGAAUUUGAUUUUUGAAAGGUCAUUUUCAAGUUUUCCCCAUCUCAAGUUGAACUGCUCUACUGGGUUUUAUUCUAUCAAUGAAUUGUUGUUAUUUUAAGAACUACUUCAUGCAAUCAAUUGUCAUACGCCAUCGUCUUUGCAAA